GUCCUCGGAUCGGGUCAGGCUCCCUCUCGGGGGCGGGAGAUCACAUUGGAGCAUCUCGCCGGCGUGCAGGAAUGGAAGACCCCACCUUGCCUCCUUUCUGCAGCGCUGCUCGCGUCGUCUACCGUUAGGAAUGAAGAGGAGACUAGUGAUGAGCCGAGGAGGUACUGAAAGCCUGAUGGCAGAGAAAAUAUCGCAGGACACAAACUAGUGAUCGUGUGGGGGCCACACACGUUUUUGAUUGUAAUUGGACGAGCGUGAAAGAGGUGCCCUAUUAAAAAGCACAACAGCCCUUUAAGAGGAGCAAAAUUGAGUUUCCCCAUUUUUGCCAAGAUUCUGAAGGCUGUUCAAUGUAUUGUACGUUUGGUAUAAGAUGAGAACUUUCUAAAAUACUCGGCCCAAGAGCGUAAACGAUGACUACCCCGGUCCUGCUGCCCUUAUCUGGACGAAGGAUACCACCUCUGAACCUGGGGCCGCCUUCCUUCCCACAUCACAGGGCCACCUUGAGACUUUCUGAGAAGUUUAUCCUCCUCCUCAUUCUAAGUGCCUUCAUCACCCUGUGUUUUGGGGCAUUCUUCUUCCUUCCAGACUCUUCAAAACACAAACGCUUUGAUCUGGGUUUGGAAGACGUGUUGAUUCCUCACGUAGAUGCCAGCAAAGGGGCUAAAAACCCUGGAGUCUUCCUGAUCCACGGGCCCGAUGAACACAGACACAGGGAAGAAGAAGAACGUUUGAGAAAUAAAAUUCGAGCUGAUCAUGAGAAGGCCCUGGAAGAAGCAAAAGAAAAAUUAAAAAAGUCGAGAGAGGAAAUCCGAGCAGAAAUUCAGACAGAGAAAAAUAAGGUAGUCCAAGAAAUGAAGACGAAAGAGAAGAAGCCACUGCCACCAGUCCCUAUACCAAAUCUAGUAGGAAUAGAUGGUGGAGACCCAGAAGAUAAUGACAUAAGAAAGAAAAGGGAGAAAAUUAAAGAGAUGAUGAAACAUGCCUGGGAUAAUUAUAGGAUAUACGGAUGGGGACAUAAUGAGCUCAGACCUAUUGCAAGGAAAGGACACUCCACUAAUAUAUUUGGAAGUUCACAAAUGGGUGCUACCAUAGUAGAUGCUUUGGAUACCCUUUAUAUCAUGGGACUUCAUGACGAAUUCCGAGAUGGGCAAAAAUGGAUUGAAAACAACCUUGAUUUCAGUGUGAAUUCGGAGGUGUCUGUGUUUGAAGUCAACAUUCGAUUUAUUGGAGGCCUGCUUGCAGCAUAUUACCUUUCGGGAGAAGAGAUAUUCAAGAUUAAAGCAGUUCAACUGGCUGAGAAACUCCUUCCUGCCUUUAACACACCUACUGGGAUUCCUUGGGCAAUGGUGAAUCUGAAAAGUGGCGUGGGGCGGAACUGGGGCUGGGCGUCGGCAGGGAGCAGUAUUCUCGCUGAGUUCGGCACCCUGCACAUGGAGUUUGUCCACCUCAGCUACCUGACAGGGGACCCCGUCUACUACAGAAAGGUCAUGCAUAUUCGGAAACUACUUCAGAAAAUGGAUCGUCCAAAUGGUCUUUAUCCAAAUUAUUUGAACCCAAGAACAGGUCGCUGGGGUCAGUAUCAUACGUCAGUUGGCGGGCUGGGAGACAGUUUUUAUGAAUACUUACUGAAAGCAUGGUUGAUGUCAGAUAAGACAGACCACGAGGCAAGAAAAAUGUACGAUGAUGCUAUUGAGGCUAUAGAGAAACAUCUAAUUAAGAAGUCCCGAGGAGGUCUCACCUUUAUUGGAGAGUGGAAAAAUGGGCACUUGGAAAAGAAGAUGGGGCAUCUGGCCUGUUUUGCUGGGGGAAUGUUUGCACUAGGAGCAGAUGGUUCCAGAAUGGACAGAGCUGGUCAUUACUUAGAGCUGGGGGCAGAGAUCGCACGUACAUGUCAUGAGUCCUAUGAUAGAACCGCAUUAAAGCUGGGUCCUGAGUCAUUCAAGUUUGACGGUGCGGUAGAGGCUGUGGCGGUCCGGCAGGCUGAAAAGUAUUACAUCCUCCGUCCAGAAGUAAUUGAAACCUAUUGGUAUCUAUGGCGAUUCACGCACGAUCCAAGAUACAGGCAGUGGGGCUGGGAAGCAGCACUGGCUAUUGAGAAGUAUUGCCGCGUGAGUGGCGGGUUCUCCGGGGUGAAGGACGUGUACUCCUCGACGCCGACCCACGACGACGUACAGCAGAGCUUCUUUCUCGCGGAGACGCUGAAAUAUUUGUAUCUUCUCUUCUCCAGUGAUGACCUUUUACCUUUAGACCACUGGGUAUUCAAUACAGAGGCCCAUCCUCUGCCCGUGCUACAUCUAGCCAACACCACACUUUCAGGAAAUCCUGCUGUUCGGUGAAAGCAGCUCCAGAAAGACCAUUCUCCCCUGUGUUUUGUUUACAUGGACCACCACAAAAAUCAGUCUGGAGAGGGGGCUUCUGGAAACCCGGACCUCAUAAGUCAGCUUGGCAGGGUGACCCCUGACUGUGCCCCACAAGACUUUUCAACUUGUAGAUAUCUCAACUUUGAAAUGAUUCCAUUUUAUACCUGACCAAAACAUAUCCUGGUAUGUGUAGGGCAGCGACCUGGCACGCCUUGGUUCGUAAGGAGGUGGUCACAUGGGAAAUCAUGCCUCUGACUUUGAUACUGCUCUUAGCGUCCUGGAAUCUGGAGCCUGGACCGCCUGAGAAUAAGCCAAGAACGCGGAGCACCUUGCGGAAGUGACAUGUGGCCUUUGGAGCCAGUUAUACAUUUGUUCCUUCCAAAGUGGAGCAGCCUUCAAAUCAGAUAUUUACUCGUCGUUCAUCCCCUUUUUCUCCAUUUUUCCUGAUGGGAGGAACUAAAACAAGCAACAGAAGAACAGUGGGACGGCACGGAGAGCGAGAAGACUGGCAAAAGAGAACAGAAGGGCCCAUCCCUGUCUCAGUGUUCAGGGUCCCCGCUGGACGACCAGAGUGGCAGCCGUGUCAAGUCCCAGUCUGUUCCAUGGAAGUUUCUUGGUUAAAUUUCAUUUUCUCCGGGGGCUUGCUGUCACAGGGCACACUCCUCAAGCCUUUGCCUCCCUACGGAGCCCCUGAAACUACUGGAAUCCGCCGGAACCACGAGCCUGGGGGUGGGGUUUCGUGCAUGUUGAUCAGUCUCGUGUUGGUUGCAUGGCAACAAGUGGGGGAAAUGCUGCAGUUUGUGGCCUUGGAAUCUGUUUUGCGAGGAAGCCUUGGUUUUUCUGGUAGGAGAUUUUUUCCCCAAACCAGCAAAUCUACCAGGUGAAUUUUAUCCACUUAAACCUUCUCACAAAUUCAGUAAACUCCCUCAACUUAGAACCCUCUGUGGCUUGGCACAAUUCACUCUACUCGUAAUGCAGCUCCUUGAUGAGCCAAACUACUCUUGCAACCUUAUGAAAUCAAAAACAAAAUACGGUGAAACUUGCCCACACGUUCACCCUGGAAUGGGAACAGGGGAAUCCUUUAUUAGCUCGUCAGAUGAGCGGACUUUUCACAGAUAUUUUAUGUCAAAAAUAAAAUUCAGCUUUUAUUUUCUCCAAGGAUAUUUAUAGAAAUCCAAAGAAUUAAUCAGAACCACUUCAAAGUAACUUUUAGUGACAAAAGUGUGGUAAAAUUAAUCAUAUUAACUAAAUUUGGGAUAUAUCUAAGGGAGUUUCUCUUACCAUAAAUAGAUUUUGCAGUGAUAUUUAUUUUUAAAGAAAUUACUAUUUCUUUAUAUGGGGGGGGAGGAACUUAAAUUUUAUGAAGAACUGUAUUGUAAGAUAAAUCUGCGUGUAAAUUUUAUGUCCCUUGAAUUUGUGCCACAGCGCAAGACGCUUUUUCUUCUUUACGUUUAAUACAAACCGCUUCCAUUGACAAUAAAAGUUGGGAGCCAGUAUAAUUAGUCUAGUAUUUACUCUGUACCUGAAGAUUUCAUGAAACAGUGUUUGUGCAAGAAACCCACCUUGGAAUUCUGAAGGCUUAUUUUCUUUGAUAGCUUUUCUUUUUAAUCUUUUAUUAGCAUUUAGUAGGCUUUGAUUGGAGAAAAGAUUUAAUAAAUUAAUAUAAUUAAGUCUUUUCUAAGGGUGAGCAUCUCAUGCCACAAAUAGUGCUCACAGUUCAGCAGCUGAUCCGUAAAUGAUAGCCAAACCCAAGAUUUUCCGGCACACAUAGAAAAUAAGGGUGUGGAGCCAGUUGCAUUAUUUACGUAUUUGAAGAGAGUUCCACUUCACACAUUUUGACACUGUAGUAUCGUUCAGUACUUGAAAAAUUAAAAUGUUAAAGUGAGAAGGGGAGAUGACUAGCCAGAGAAAAGAAUAUUUGGUUCUCAGAAAAAUGUUAACCUUCCUCCCCAAAAUAGCAUAAGCCCACUGAUGAGUCACUGAAAACGUGGACAACUUGAAGUGGCAAAGACGCAGAGCCGCUGAGUAGCAGUGAGCCCGCCCGCACCCCUGGUGAGAAGAGGGCAGCGCCAGGCGGCCUUCCUGGUCUCUCGGGAGCUUCGCAAGGAAAGAGAAGAUGCAGCCCCCACUCCCAAGUGCUCGGUUUAUAUUUCUCGGCUUACUGGGGCUUAGGACGAGGCAGAGAGGCAUGUGACUGUGGAGAGUUCUGUGCAAGCGGGGAAUCAGAGAGGGGCAGGGGGAGGGUUCCUACCCGCUCCUUUCCCUGGGAUGGGAAGACUAGAGCUUGUCCCACCGCUUCCAUUGUUUUCUGCCCUGGAUACCAAAGGCAAUUAAAAGUCAGCUACAAAUGA